AUGGUAACCAUGUUAGCAGCAAUUUAUGUCACGUAUUUUGCGUUUGCUUCUUUAUCUUUCAAUGUCGCUCAACAACAACAAUCUUUACAAUAUGUGGAUGGUUAUAGGUCAUCUUGCAAGUUUCAUCAAGGAGGUAACUUCAAUCUCAUUCUUUCGGCACCUCAUGGUGGUAGUUUAAUGCCGACCGACGUUCCCGAUCGAACACAAGGAGGUUGUCGUCGUUCAGGGUCAUCAUGCACAUGGAUAUACAAUGAUGCAUGUCUCGAUGGUCGACGUUGUGCAACAACGACAGUUCAAGAUACUCUUAGUGGAGAAUUUGCGGAGAACGUCGCUGAAGAAUUGAACAGCAAGUAUGGUCUAAAACCAUUCGUUGUCAUUGGAAAAUGGCAUCGAAAAAAGAUUGACUUCAAUCGAGAAAUCAAUGAGGCGACACUUAACCAUCCUGAGGCUAUUAGUGCUCAUCAAAGUUAUCACAUGAGUCUUGAGCAUGCCAUCAAUCAAAUACAGCAACAAUAUGGUAAAGGUCUUCUUAUUGAUGUUCAUGGACAAGGAGUGGGCAACUUUACAAUGGUUGGUUAUCUCUUAGAUAGCGAUUUACUCAACAGAGAUGACCUCCAAACCACUCUCGGUACGACUACGUCAAUCGAACAAAUCUGUUCUUUAUCCAAUCGAACUGAAUGCAUUCGAGGACAAACAUCAUUCGGUACAAUCAUGAAAAAAAAUGAACUUGGCAUUGCUUAUCCAUCGAUGGCACAUCCAAAACCAGGAAAUGGCACUUUCUUUCAAGGUGGUUAUAUAACACGUAAUUAUAUUUCGAAAAUAAAUGCUAUUCAAACUGAACUACCAUAUGAUAUGCGUGCUGGAUCUUAUAAACUGUUGAACUCUAAAAGAUAUGUACGCGCUCUAAUUGAUUAUAUGACAGUAAACAAUCUUUUGAAAACAUAA